AAGUUGGGAACAGAACUAACAUUAUCGUAUUAGAGGAGAAUAACAAGGAGAGAAUAAGGAAGAUGUUUGAUAAGGUUGAACUCUCUGUCUCUUCUUAUGACACAGCUUGGCUGGCAAUGAUACCAUCACCUUCUUCUCCACAAGCUCCUCUGUUCCCUCAGACCCUAAAUUGGUUAUUAGGAAAUCAACACAUUGACGGAUCAUGGGGUCUUUCUAGUGAUAAUAAGUUGCUGACCAAAGACACUCUUUUAUCUACUUUGACUUGUGUUCUUGCACUUAAGCAAUGGGGUGUUGGUGAACAGCAAGUCAAUAGAGGACUUGGAUAUAUUGAAACAAACAUUGCUGCAACUGAUGAUGAUAAACAAGUUUCUUCAAUUGGAUUUGAUAUUAUCUUUGCUCAAUUAAUUGAGCAAGCCCAAAGUCUGGGUCUAAAUGUUCCUCUUGGAGGGAAUAUUUUAGAAAAAUUCAUCCAAAAGAGGGACUUGGAGCUCCAAAGUGGAUGGGGAAGCAACUCAGAAGGAUGGAAGGCUUAUAUGGCAUACAUUUCAGAAGGAUUUGGGAAGUCACAGGAUUGGGAAAUGGCUUUUAAAUUUCAAAGAAAGAAUGGCUCUCUUUUUAACUCUCCAGCCGCCACUGCAGCUGCAUACACUCAUAUCAACAAUCCCCACUGUCUUGAUUAUCUACUUUCACUGCUGGCAAAAUUUGACAAUGCUGUUCCAACAAUACAUCCUAUUGAUGUGUAUGCUCGACUCCAUAUGGUUGAUACUCUUGAAAAGCUUGGGAUUGGUCGCCAUUUUAAAAAUGAAAUUGGAAGUGUAUUGGAUUAUACAUGGAGGUUGUGGCAGCGGGAAGAAGAUGACAUAUUUUUAGAACCCACCACCUGUGCCCUGGCAUUUCGCUUACUACGUUUGCAUGGAUAUGAUGUUUUCUCAGAUGCACUUGAUCGGUUUUCAGAAGACAAAUUUCGCAAUACUCUUCAAGGUUAUUUGAAGGAUGUUGAGUCUGUUUUGGAGUUACAUAAAGCUUCACAGAUAGUUUUAGAUGCAAAUGAUUCAGUUUUGGAGGAAUUAAACAUCUGGACAAGGCAUUUUCUUAAGGAAUAUUUGUCCGCUUCCUCAAACAAUACUCAUAAACCACCUUCUAAUCAUAUUGAUCAUGAGGUACCUUUUGCUUUACGUUUCCCUCAUCAUGCUUAUUUGGAUUUGAUGUUAAACCGAAGAUCCCUACAACACUACAAGGUGGACCAAAAGAGAAUUUUGAAAUCUUCAUAUAGUUCUUUAAACCUCGCCAACAAAGAAUUCUUGGAACUAGGAGUUGAAAACUUCAAUCGCUGCCAAUUAAUAUUUCGUGAAGAACUUGAGCUAUUUAACAGGUGGUUUAAGACGAGUGGAAUGGAUAGGCUACAUUUUCCAAUUGCCAAAACAACAGUUAUGUAUUCCUUCUUGUCAGUGGCAGCAACACUUCCUCCUCCAGAACUUCGUGAAGCACGUUUAGCUUGGGCAAAGCAUGGAUUGCUCACAUCUGUGUUUGAUAGUUUCUUCGAUGUUUGGAGCACUAAAGAGGAACAACAAAACCUUAUAAAGUUAAUGGAGAAGUGGGAUGUAGAUGUCAACAAAGAAUGCUGUUCUGAGCCGGUGAAGAUAUUAUUCUUAGUGCUUAAGAGAACAAUUAGUGAGACUGCAGCCCAAGCCUUUAAGGUUCAAGACCGUAGUGUCCUGAACCACUUAAUUCAGCAGUGGGUGGAUAUUCUACGAUCUGGGUUGAAGGAAGUAGAAUGGUGCAAAAAGAAAUGCGUGCCGAGCAUAGAAGAAUAUGAGCGUAAUGGAAUUAUAACAAUGGCCUUGGGACCAAUUGUCUUGUCAGCUAUGUAUCUAAUUGGACCUAAGCUUCCACAAGCCGUGGCUGAAAGUGCAGAAUGCAAUUAUGUUUUAGACGUUCUUGGCCUCCAUGGGAGAUACCUCAACGACGUGAAUGGCUACCAGAGGGAGAAAGAACAAGGGAAACUGGUGAACUCAGUAGGGUUGAGGUUGAUUAGUGGGAGUGAAGAAGAAGAAGAAGAGAUGAAGAAGAAGAUAAAGAAGAAGGGUGAAGAGAAAAGGAAAGAGCUUCUGAGAUUAAUGGUAAAGAAAGGAGGAAUCAUAGCAUCUACUGAUGUGAGAGAGGUGUUUUGGAAAAUGUGCAGAACUCUUGAGGUGAUUUAUGGGAAGGAUGAUAUAAUUUAUUCAACAGAAGUGCCUGAUGAGGUGCGAAAUAUCGAAGAUAUUGUACUUACAAAUCCCAUCGUUUUAGGUUGUUAAUUCCAGGCUGGGCUCACUAUAAUUCUUUUUGGGCCAUGAAUAAAAGUGUUGGGCCUA